AUGGAGGCUGAACGAGAAUCUCCAGGGAAAGUCCGGAAGAAGAGCACAGUGCAGCAUCGCAAGUCGUUGUCAUGCGAAUACUGCCACCGGUCCUUCGCGCGCUUGGAGCAUCUGCAACGCCAUCUCCGCACGCAUACCAAGGAGAAGCCAUUUUCGUGCGAGAUAUGCUCCAAGUCUUUUGCAAGAAGCGACCUGCUCGUCCGACAUGAGAGAUUGGUCCAUCCUGCUGAGGCAGCCGCCCACCGAGGAGAGCGACGGGUCGGCAGUGACUCACAUGAGAUUCCACCUACUCCAGCAUCCCUGAUCCAACAGUCGUCUCAUAACGAGUCUCGCAUGCUGGACAUCCAUGACUCGGUGCCUGUUCAACCCCAGCCCGUGCCGCCGCCCGAGGUGCCGGUACCUCAGACCUCGAUGGUUGAAGCAAAUCAGUUCAACCCUUCCUGGGGCUACGAUCUCAACCUUCUCUCUCAUGCUGCAAGUCAUGUCGCUCUUGAAGGCCAGCAGGAAGCGGCCCUGGAUUCCGUCCGCAAGCCUCCUCCUGCUCAUGCUGGUCCUCCCCCGCCCCUGCAGCCCGCUCAGGAGAAGAGCAUUGCUGACGCCUAUGGUGUCGAACCGUCCUUCCUCGAUCUGACGGAUCUAGGCGACCCGGUGCAGGAUUUUACCAUCUUUCUCGAGAGUGUCGGCCUGUCGUCGGAUUGGGACUCGGGAGUCUUCUCUUCGGUCGAAUCAGAGCCGGUGCUGCAGACUUCUCUUCCAUUUGAGUCCAAACCACCGCGAGAGCCUGCACCGCAACAAAGAUUCAAUAACGAAGUCCUGAGCGAGCAACGUCCGUCAGCUGCUGAGGAGCCACCGUCGUUUUCAAACUUUGGAUCCCGGCUGCCCUCUCUGCAACCGGAGGCCCAGGAUUCGGAAGAAAACCGCGUGGGCCUCAUAGAUGAGUCGACGAAUCCUCGACCUGCGUGGGACAUAUCGAAUGCAGACCGCCAGCUUUUUGUAGCAAGAUUAGAGGAGUUUUCUCAUGUUCUCCCCAGAGGAUUUAACCCCCCUUCCCGGCAUGCGUUGUCUCGUUUUGUCGCCGGGUACAUCAAUGGUCUGAACGAACAUCUUCCUUUUAUCCAUGUUCCGACGCUGUCUGUAGCAAGAUGCCCGCCGGAGCUGACUCUGGCCCUCGCUGCUGCUGGGUCCCACUAUCGAUUUGAGAACAACAGGGGCAUUGACCUCUUCCAUGCAGCAAAGGCAGUCCUACUGGAACGUCUUCGCCGGAGAGAUGCGAAGCAGGUGCCCAAUCCAACGUGGAAUAUUUACGUCCCCAGCCCGGUCUCUCGAAGCUCUACAGCGGGUUCAAACACCGCGAGUAGUCCUUUCCAGCCGCAGACGUACGGCCAUCCCCUCGAUCACAUGGGCUAUCCCAUGGAUGAAUCGGACGCCCACAUUGAAGUCAUCCGGACCUUCUUGCUUCUCACGGUCUUUGCAUCGUGGGAAAGGCAUCCGGAGCUCUUACGAGAAAUUCUGGCUCUUCAAAGUACCUUGGCCAGACUCGUCCGUGAACACGGCCUUUCAGAGCCACCAUCCAGCCCCGAGAAUUUGACUUGGGAAGAAUGGAUUCGGCAAGAAGGCAACCGACGCACCAAGCUCAUUGUGUACUGUUUUUUCAACCUGCACUCCAUCAUGUACAAUAUUCCUCCACUCAUUCUGAACUCGGAGCUCAAUCUGAAUAUGCCCUGUUCCCACGACGUGUGGAAAGCCAACACGGCGGCCCAAUGGCGGCGAGUGUACCGCUCCCGGCGUGACCCUACGAUCACGUUCCAGGAGGCAUUUGCGAAACUAUUUGUCAAGUCACCUCCUUCCAAUACGUCGAGCCCAAUAUCGCCUCUGGGGAACUACAUUCUCAUCCAUGCCAUCAUCCAACAGAUCUUCUUUGCUCGUCAACUGUGUCUCUCUGCGCCAACGAUGCAAGGCACCAGCCUCCGCCAGGAAGACUUGACGGUGCUGGAUAAUUCAUUGAGUGCCUGGAAGGCGGGAUGGAGGCGUACGCCGGAAUCGAGUAUUGAUCCUCAAAAUCCGGCCGGGCCCAUCGCGUUCACGUCAACUGCCCUGCUUGGGUUGGCGUAUAUCAGACUGCAUGUCGACCUGGGGCCCUGUCGCCGUCUCAUCACUCAGGAUCCGAUUCAAAUCGCGCGAGCCCUCCAAGAAUCUCCGCCAAUAUCCCGGAGUCCCAAGCUCAUCAUGGCGCUGCUGCAUUCGGCACACGCGCUCUCGAUUCCGGUGCGACUGGGCAUCGACUUCGUCGCGAGAACGCAUUCGUUCUUUUGGAGUAUCCAACACUCUCUGUGCAGUCUGGAGUGUGCUUUUCUCCUGAGCCGAUGGCUUCUAUCCAUCCCAGCCACUCAGAACGAGCAGAAACUGUCCGAUCAUGAACGAAAACUGCUUCUCUGGAUCAAGAGCAUGAUGGACGAAACUGACAUGGCAGUGGCUCCGACAGACGGGCCCGAAUUGGACUUUGUCAAGGACCCAUAUAAGGUGAAGCAGCUCAGCGUUGCCGUUGUGCGGGUCUGGGCACGAACAUUCAAGGGCAACACAAGCUGGGCGAUUGUGGACCUGAUCGGGUCGAGUCUAGAAGCGUAUGCAGAUCUUCUAGAAAACUCAUCCUGA